UGCAUCUCUUUAGUUCAACACAAAAACUGUCAGACAGCAGCAUGCUGCCACCGAGCCUGCUGAUAGUGUCUCUGGUCAUUUUUCUGACAACAGUGUCUACGGCUCCUGUGGAAGAGACGGAGCAUGAGGUGGAAUCUGAGGCGACAGAGGAGGUGGAGGAAGAGUUGUCUGAGGAGGAGGACGAUGAUGAUGACUCCAAGAGUCAGGAUAAGAUUAAGGGAGCUCCUGGCCCAGAGUUCACCAUCACAUCGGCCACGGCAGCCGGAGGUUCAGCCUCCAGUGGACAUUCAGAAGGGAGGGGACCACAAGAUGGAAUGACGGGAAGCUCUCCAGCUGGCAGUCCAGGCAGCUCAUCAGGUUCUGCAGGAUCUGCAGGUUCUGUAUCAGUUGAGCUUCCUGCUAUCUCUGCAGGUCAUGCUCAUCCAGGAGCUGAACACCCACCAGCAGCAUCUCAUACAGAAAUGAAUGGUUCUGAUGGAGUCGACUCAGAGUCCAAUGAUGUUUUGGGAUCAUUCGGGGGUGGAGUUUCACACCUGGAUUAUACGGAAAUCAUCGAUCCGUCCAGUCACGAUUAUCUUCUCGGCCUAAUAAACGGUGGUUUGGUUGAUCCUUUUGGAGCAGACAGUCAUGUCAACAUCCCAGGUCAGGAGACCCCUCCCCCUCACCUGGACUCCACAGCCAUCAGCUCAGAUGUGACAGCAGCUCCGUCUGCAGUACAGAACAUUCUGGACCCGCCUGCAGAUUCUGUCCAUCACUUUGCCAUCAGCAUUGAUCAGUCAGGACCUGACAGAGCGUCACUGAGUUCGGGACCCGAUCAAUCACCGUCCGGCUCUAUUUCAGGUCCCUCCCACUCUGCAGCAGCUUCAUCCUCACCUGACCCGGCCGCUCACAGAGAGCUGACAGAUGGUGCAGAUUCACCUGAUACAAAUGGAAAUGGUCGACAGACUCUACUGACAGGCUUCAAUGGAGCCGUGACGGACAGACUGGCUUCCUUCCAUGAUCUGCAGAGCCUGCAGACUGAAAUCACAGGUGGCCCAAAGUCAGUGACCAGUCUUCACAUUGACCACACAGCUUUGGACGUUCAACUUGGCCAUGAUGUCACAGAGUCGUCUCCCAUCGUUCUUGGCACGGACUCUGUGGCCGGUGUCACCCACACGCUGAGCCCAGUGUCGGAUGUUUCCUCCCACACAGACCUGGUUACCGUACCAGCAGACUCCACAGGGACGGAGACAGUCACAGCAGAUCCAACAGGAACUCCAUUCGACUCUAGUCACCCAGCUGGGACAGACCACACACACACGGCUGGUUCAGUCACUGAACAGUACCGGUACAGCCCGCCUGGUCCGGGUCCUGAAGGUGCAGAAAAUGUGGACCUGGAGGAUACCUGCUGAUUUCCACAGCAGGGCACGGGUGCGAUUUCUGCGUUUCCACUUGCAGUGUACCGACCAAUCAGAAUGGCCCACGAAUCUGGAUUCCUCCCACUAGUUGAAGGAGCCACUGAAUGGCAAAGCCUUUAUGCUUUUUUUUUUUUAAUAUUUAAAAAUGUUGUUUAAAGACAUUUAUCCUGUUUUAGAGAAUCACUUGGGGGGAAUAAAUAAAAUUCCGGCUGAAUAUCAACCUGGUGACUGUCUUGAUGACUUACAGGAUGUGAUAUU